UGAACUUUCGACGCCCUCAGGCGGUCUUGUAAAGUUCUCAAGAUUAGUAGAGAAAAUUGUUUCAUGUCGAGAUUAUGCUCUAGAUCGUGUCGGAGUAGUCCUACUUCUCCUAUCUCAUAACCAUGCUACCUAACUUCGGUCUACGGGGUCUCCAGGUGUGAUUUGGGCUUACCAUGUCGAUAGUUCCAUCGGGCAAAGUAGCCGGUAACCAUUUGCGAUUAAGGAACUGCUUGUACUUUGUUGCUGUUGCUUCUGAUGGGGACCAGGAGCAAGUGGUUUUCAGAAGUCACUGGUGGAGGUGCAAAGGUUGAAACCGGAGUCAUUGAAAAGGGAAAGGGAAAGGCGACCAUCCAUGGUUCAGAUGCUGAUUAUGAUGCUCUUCUUUCUGGUCCAAUUAUUUUCGGCAGAAAUCAAGCUCUUCAACCUUUAAGUUGGGCUGAUGAAGUGAUUGAAGCAUUCAACGCAGGUCCGGAUCCAAGUAAAGUUGUUGGUGGUCACACUCAUCGACCUGGCACGGUUGAUGUCACGGAAGAAGAAGACAAUCUUGAGGAGGAAGUUAACCCUGAGGAGGAAGCUAACUCUGAGCAGGAAGCUAACUCUGAAGCUGCUCUGCCUCAAGAGGACAACGACAUGCAAUGGACCGCUCGAUUUAUCUCAAUCAAGAGUCCCAGCUCAUUUGUCAUUGCCUUCACUAUGGGUAAAGGCCAGCAGAAGAAAUUUCACGUUGGAGGUACAGCCAACGUUGAACUAAAGGUUAAGGACAAUCUCAAUGUUAGCUAACGUGAACUCAGGGCCAUCGAUAUCCUUGCCACCAAGAAAGCCAAUAACGACACCUACGGAAAAAUCCUCGAGCGAGUCAUCCUUGGAGAAGGCAUGACUGACGUUAAAUAUGAGAUAGCCAAUCUUCAGACUUUGAAAGGAAGAGCAUACCAAUACUUGGGACCUGAGAGACAAUGCCUUUACGACGAUUGGCUCGAACAAAGUAACCUCGACUCUGUACAACGAGAAGCUUAUGAUGCAGUUAUCGAGGGUCAGCUACCUAUUACCAUCAUUCAAGGUCCACCAGGCACUGGUAAGACCAUGAAUAGUAGGGUCACCUGCGUCGGAGCAGCACAGCUUGGCAACCAAGUGCUAUACACUGCACCACUAACAAGGCUUCUAAGAGUGUAUUAAUGUCGAUCAUUGAGAGUGCAGAUAUGUUGAUUGGAAGUGCUCAGGAACUAGAUGAUAAUCCUAUAUGCGUGAGGAUUGCCAAGCAAAUGAAGGAAGAGUUCAACAUCAUUUACUUCGCGACCAACGCUCGCACGAAAUCGGACUUUUUGAAGGUCAAUGAUCAAGCUCUGCCAAAUGAAAUGAACUAGAAAUCCGUUAGCAAGGAAGACGUUGUUCUUGAGAAAUACAAGAUCUGGUCUCAUAUUGAUAGAUCUUUCCGACGCAAGGCAAACGACCCAACUUUGACUUCAACAGAUCGCCAAAAGGCAAGCAGCUGGCUCAAGACCCAUGAACGUAUUCGAGAUGGUACUCCUAUGCAAGCCCGAUUGGUAAGACAAUACGUGAAAGCCGCUCUCGUCGAAAUGGAAGCAAUCGUUACGAGAAAGACCACCAAGAUCAUCGUCUCAACCUGCAACAACUCGGAGCCACUCUAUGACAUGGGUUUUAGACCAAAUGUUGUCAUGAUUGAUGAAGCAGCUUUCGGCACCGAACCCGAUUGUUGUAUUCCACUUAUGUUUGGUCAAUCUCACGCAGUUUUCCAUGGUGAUCACAAACAAUUGAAGCCAGUCGUUCAGUAGGUUGGAACCAACGAAUUUUGUGCUCAAUUGUCCAGGACUUGUUUCGAGGGAUUGAUCAUGCAAGGAAAUCUUAGGGUCGUUCAACUCAAAGAGAACUAUCGUACGCACCCGGAUAUUGCUAACCUCCCUGGGAUCCUAAGCUACGAAUGGCUUGACAGUGCUCAAAGAACAAGAACUGAGACGGAUAUGUUCAGAAGAAUUCGCGAUUGGUUCAAUAAAUCUGAGUACAAGACUCUUCGCCGUCGUCCUGCAUACGGAGCCAGCGCCCACGCCAGCAUCCGACGUCUGCUCUUCAAUGUUCCUACUGGGACUUCGGCCGCUCCAGAAAAUAGCGAAUCAAAAGUAAACUUCGCAAAUAUUAACGCAAUUGUGAAAUUGACUCUAGAUAUCCUGGCAGCCACACCAGAUUUCCAUCUUGACAGGUUACAAGGAACAACUCGAAGAAAUCAAAGUCAUGUUAACCAUGGAUUUUUUAAGAAAGGGAUACACUAAUAUUCCCCAAGUUUUCACCAUUUACAGCAUUCAAGGUGGUCAAAAUGAGUUCACCAUUAUUGAUAUUACUGCAGCCAAUGAAUUCCACCCAAGUCUUAUCGGUUUCAUCAAGGAGUGGAAUCGUAUGAACGUUGCCCUUACUCGCGCUAGGCAAUUCCUCUGGAUGGUCGGUAACCUUGACGCCUGGCGCCGUGAACUUGGAAGUAUCGUUCAAGUUCAACGUGCCAAGAAUUUCGCUUUCCUGAUCAUCGAUCUCUUGGACCUUGGUGAUAUUAUCGACAUGCGCAAUAUUGCGAAUCGUCUUCCCAUAUCUUUCGAAGAGUAUAAGCUAACUGCAUCCAGGGACUGGACUGGAUCGCCUGCCCAAGGCGAGGAUAAGAGUUAUCUUACCAAAAAGGACCUGCAGAAAAUCGCCGAGUACCGUUGGAAGAUGGUCAAUUUCGAGAAGAAUCUCCUAGAGAAACUUCAAGAGCUCCGAGACAAGACCGCCAAACACCAAGCCGAUCAUGAUGCUGGGAAGCAUGUCAAUCUGCCAAGCGGAGGUGUAGAUCAGAAUGUCGACGGUUGAAUUUUGACUUUUUGGUUAAUCCAGCUGUAGAAACACAUUCGCCUAGAAGACCGAAAACCCCAGAUUUUGUUGAUGGAUGGUAGAUUUGAUAUGUUGUUGGAAAGUUUUUAGGGUUAUUUAUUCCCACUGGCUUGAAAUUGGUGGU